AUGUCGGCCGCCUCCGCGCAGCCGGCAUCAUCCGGUGAUGCGCAAGAGGAGAAAGACAAAUCCUUGGUGGCCCGAGAUGCUGAGGCUGUUCCGGAACGGCCGCUGGACAUCGAACGUCUUCGACGAUGCAUCAUAGAGUUUGUGCAUGAAAAUUUUCUGGAAGUUGUUUUCUGGCAAAUGCAAACGGCCAACAAAGAUUUUGAUGAGAUGCUUGGUGUUCAGGCGGUUGUCCUGCUCAGCAAAAUGGAUGAGGUAGGCUUCUGGAAAGAAUUUUUGUGUUGUGUUAUUCACGGUCCUGCGUGA